AUGCCUGAACAAUCAUCAACACCAACUCGAGAAAAAUCCCAUAGAACUCAGCAACGAGAACAAACAUUCCAUCAACUAUUGCAUCAGUUAAGACUCUCUGGACAGAAUGCAUCGUCGUCAUCACCGGAACUAAUAUCAUCUGGAUUCUCGAUUUCAGAUGCAGCCCGGCAAGUAAUUGAAAAUGUGCUUACAGAGGGAGUCCACGAAUUGCUUGUACCAUCUUCAUCAUCUUCAUCAUCAUCCAUUCAGCAGUCACAAUUACAGGCGAUUAUUCAACAAUUUCAGCAACGGAUACAAUCAUCUCGACAAAGGUAUUCUGAUGGAAAUCAAUAUAUCAUACAACUACCCGUACAAAGCAAUCAACAAUCUUCUGGAAUUUCUCAGCAGUCACGUGCAGAACAGCUUUUGCUACAGGUAUCACUACAACAACCACAACAAUUAUCUGUGGUAAAUCCGGGAAAUAUAAAUACCCAAAUGUUUUUACAGGUCCCUCAGUUACAAGGAAAUUCCAAUAUACCACCUCUGGAAUCUUCGAUAGCAUCUCAGCAAUCACAUAUGCAAAGAGCUGAAUCAUUAUUUCGACAACCAUCUCAACAGUCGGCGCAAAAUGUUCAACAACAGAAUCCUCAAGGCAACAAUCAUUCACUGGCCGAAUUAUCUCAGCAGACGAAUCAGUGCUUGCAAUCACAGCAACAUUUAAACGGGUCUCAAUACCAGCAGCAACAUAUUCAGGGGAUUCAACAGUCACUUCUACAGUUAUCACAGCAAGUGCCGAUAUUAUCACUGCAACAACCGCUUCAACAAACACAACCAUUACUCGUUCAAAUUCUUCAACAAUCUUCAACUACACCACAACAACCACGUCCACAACAGAAUCAUCAUCCACUCAUACAGGUACCUCAACAACCGGUACAACAGAGGAUGCCAGUACAUUAUCCUUUACAACAAGUACAAUCAACCCAGCAAGCAUUAGCGCAAUCACUUCUGCUACCUUCGGUACAGCAACCAGCUCAGGUAUUCCAGCAGUCAAAUCAGGCAAUGCCUUCAUUUUUGUUAGGGAUACCUCGGGAGGCAGCGCAAGUUUUGCAGCAGACGCAAUCUAAUCAACCUCCUACCUCAUUGCAAGAAUCAGCUUCGCAAAGCAUUCAACAAAUGUUCCGCCAAAUGUCUCAGCAAUCGAUGUCAGAAGUGAGGGGAACAAAUUCAGAAGAUCUAGAAAGUACUGCGUUACUCGCUCAAGUUAGACAAAAAACUCAACAGCAGUUAAAUCAGCAACAAACAGUUCAAGAACUUCUACGAUCACAGCUUAUUAAUUGGGAAUCAAUGGGAAUACCUUUGGGGAUUUUACAGGUAUCAGAACCACAAUUGCAACCGUCUCAGCAAUCAUCAGAAACGGUGCAAAAAUCGCUUGAAAUACCGGACGUAUCGCUUUUUAAUUUAUCUCCUGAACAUUUUAUGCGAGUCAUUCAACAGUGCCCGUACAGCAGAUCAUCAGAUCAAGCAUCAUCAGUGCAACCGUUUCGACAAUUACGUCCAAGUUCAUUCCUACAAUCAUGUCAAGCAUCAUCACCGUUAGGUCAACUAUCCUCCACACAAUUAACUCCACAAUCACUUCUACAAUCAGACCGACAGUCGUCAUCAUUGCAUCACCAAUCAUCCACACAAUUUUCACUUUCGCCAAAAAAUCAAAUUCAAGUACUACCAUCAGAAGCUGCUGUAUCAUCAAAUCGAAGUAGAAGUUCUGCAGCCAUACUAAAUGAUACAGUUACUACACCAUCUGUCAUUGCCAGUAUCAAUGAAUUACGGGAGACGUUUCCAGAAGAUAGUCGUUAUGAUGAGGAACCCGUCAAUAACGAAAGAAAUGAUACUUCCAUUUCAGAAGCAGAAACUAACAUUUCAUCGAUAAGUACAGUGUCAGGAGCGACGACCAGGCUGACAAAUUCAAAUGAAUCGCAUGAAACAAUGGCUGAUAAUGACUCAACAGUUAGAACUAUUCCGCAUACAACAGAAACUAUAUAUGUGGAUUCACGUCAUAUUUCUGGUCUAAAUGAUAAUUCAUUAUCAGUGGCACAUUUAACAUUUGACCCAACGGCUACAUUAACACAAUUUUUGCAUAAUCAGCAAACAGAAUCCGAUAUUCCGGAACAUAACGUUGUAGCAUCAUCAUUGUUAUUAAAUCAUUUUUCAAGUUCCAAUGAGAUCAAUCAUCUUUUGGGCAACAAUACAAAUGAUAAUAUUGAGACAGUGGAAUCAAGAAAUGAGCUUGAUCAGAUACUUCGUGAUGAUAUAUUGGUGGCACAAGAAAUGGCAAACUAUUUAGCCGAUCAAUUAGCAAAGAUUGAGAGUUUGUCAUGUUUACUGAAUAGCGCUAUGAGAACCAAUGAUUCAUCAUCAUAA